UUUAACAAAUAAUAUCAAAACAUACAUGCACUCCCCUCUAUAUAUAUACUCCAACCUCAUCUCGUCAUCAUAAAGCAACACAGCCCAUUUCUCUAUUAACGUUCAGACAAAUGGAUUACAGCUGUAUAGACGACAACACUAGCAACACUUCAGAAACUCUCUCCAUGUCUAAGAAGACACCUCCUCAGGCGACGAUGCGUCUCUACAGAAUGGGAAGCGGCGGAAGCAGCGUGGUUCUUGAUUUAGAGAACGGCGUCGAGACAGAGUCGUCGCGUAAGCUCCCGUCGUCGAAGUUCAAAGGCGUCGUCCCUCAGCCUAACGGAAGGUGGGGAGCUCAGAUUUACGAGAAGCACCAGCGCGUGUGGUUAGGCACGUUCAACGAGGAGGAGGAAGCCGCGGCUUCCUACGACAUCGCCGCUCGGAGAUUCCGCGGUCGAGACGCCGUCACGAACUUCAAGUCGCCGUCGAGUGACGCGGAGUCUGCUUUCCUCGAGGCUCAUUCCAAGGCUGAGAUCGUUGACAUGCUGAGGAAGCACACUUACGCCGACGAGCUUCGACAGAGCGAAAGGAAGUUUCUUGACGGCGACGGUAACGGAAAAAAACGACGCGAGUCGAAGACGACGGUGACUGACGAAAACGACGGCGUUUUGAGAGAAGUGCUUUUCGAGAAAGCCGUUACGCCGAGCGACGUCGGGAAGCUUAACCGGUUGGUUAUACCGAAACAGCACGCGGAGAAGCAUUUUCCGUUACCGGUUUCGGUUACUCCGUCACCGACGAAAGGCGUUUUGAUUAAUUUGGAAGACAGAACGGGGAAAGUGUGGCGGUUCCGUUACUCGUACUGGAACAGCAGUCAAAGUUACGUGUUGACCAAGGGGUGGAGCCGGUUCGUUAAAGAGAAGAAUCUCAGAGCCGGUGAUGUGGUUUGCUUCGAGAGAUCGAGCGGACCGGACCAGCAAUUGUAUAUUGACUGGAAAGUCCGGUCUGGUAUUGAGAAAACUACCUCGGUUCAGACUGUGGUUAGGCUUUUCGGGGUCAACAUUUUCAAUGCGACGACUAACGCUAACACAAACGACGCCGUAGGGGAGAGCAGUAGCAAGAAGAGAUCUCGGGAAGUUGAUUUGUUUGCGUUAGGAUGUUCCAAGAAGCAGGCCAUAAUCAACGUCUUGUGACCAUUUCAUUUUCAUUUUACUUUAUUAUUUUCAAAAUAGUUUUCCCUUUUGCUGAAAAUUCUAUCAAAUUGGCAAGUUGUAAAUUAGGAUAAGACAAGAAAAAUGAUGACUAGGAUUUUUUUUUGCUCACAUCUAAUUUGUUUUUUUUUUCACCGUUAAUGAAUAUGAUGUGUUUAUCAAGUGAGAAAUUAAAAAAAAAAUGAUGUGUUUAGACCUUA